UCGGAUAGUCUUUCGAGGUUUCCCCUCCAGUAUUUGUACUUGGCCAGGUCGAGGGCCCGUUCGGCAGGACGCCCGCACCACCCCAGACCGUAUAUGUAUACUUUCUCCCGCGGGGCGAGCUUGGCGGAAUCCUCGCAUUGCCAAUCCUACGGUCUUGUCUCAAGCAGCUGCUACCGGAAGUCGGGAACAUCGAAGAGCUCGCGAUGUACGCAUCUGGCAAUGGGAGCAAGAUCUUCGCUAUCCUCGCCCUCAUCAACAAACCCCAGCAAAUCACGGACUUUUACCAAGCAAAUGUCUCUAAUGGCAACUUGCCUCUCAGACGGAGUGUUAUUGGCAAGUAUCCACGCCAUGCCUUCCACGACCGCACCAUCUUGCCCUUCACGGAGUACGAUCCCAGCCCAGGGAAGAGAGGCGUUCUCGGCACCUACAAGGCCCGAAUCCACCCGUCGCAUCACGGACUGCUCGGGGUUGAUGGAUCCGACAACGUAGUUAUCAAGGCUAUGGGGCACAAAAAGGAAGACUUCAGUCAGAGAACGGAAACGUACGAGGCGCUCUGGUUUACCCCAGGGCUGGUCGAGCCACUUGCGACAUUCACUUUCCAAGGAGGCGACUAUCUGAUUCUACCAUGGGCCGACGGGGGAAGCCUCGCCGACCUGUGGGCUGCGAACCCCAUGCCGCAAAAGAUCACUCCCGAGCUAUGCCGUUGGACCUCCAGCCAGUUUGAAGAGUUGGUAAGAGCUAUCAGCAUGAGCACUCAACUGGGGCCAGCUGCCGCAGAAAUGGGAAUCACCGGGCCAGGCCAAUAUGGCAAUUUGCAGCCCGAGGACAUCCUUUGCUUCCGUCGCGAGGUGUCCUGUGGAGGGGUGACCGACUUUGACCUGAGGAUUCUCAACAUCCGGGCGACGACACCGCAUGACCAGGCGGCUGCUGCCUGGUCUGCACCAUACUCGCCGCCCGAUUUCGGCAUUGGAUCCUUAACGCCACGGGCGUCCGAUUACUGGGCUCUCGGCUGCAUCUAUCUCGAGUUCACCACGUGGUUGUUGUUGGGUUACAAGGCCGUCGAGGAGUUCACGAAAGCUCGCAGAAUGGAUUAUGGCGACGGGUCAACCCUCAACGAAAUGUUCUUCUUUCUGUCACGUCGAUACAGAGGGGGACUCUGCCCCAAGGUCAAGCCAGUAGUCACGCAGCUCUGA